CCCGCCUCCUUCCCCGCCUCGCCCUCCUCCUCCCACCUCCGCUCCCUCCGUGCCUUCUUCCGGUCCCCCGCCAAUGGCGCCUUCCUCCCCUCAGCCGCCCUCGACUCCCUCGCCGCCGACCUCCUCCCUCCCCCUGCCCCCUCCGCCCACGCAUCCAACAACCUCGUCGUCCUCCCAUGGCGCAGCCACCGCCGCGGGCUCAUCGUCUUCUUCCCCGCCGGCGAAAACGCCGACUUGAUCGGUUUCCUAGGUCUCUCGUUCGAGGGCCCGACCCCGGAGGUUAGGGUUGAUGAGGAUGGCGACGUUUUCAAGCAGAGGGAAGGGUUCAAACACCCUCACCAUAGAAUUCUCAAGAUGUCGGUGGUCUCAGCUUCGUCCUCCAAUUCGUGGUUCCCCAUAGCCGAUUCGGCUUCCCCAGGUAAUCCCCUCGUUGAGGGCUUCUUGGUUGCCACCACUCUGUAUUCAGUAAAUUGGUUUAGGGUCGAGACCAGGGUUUUGGAUUCGGGCCGUGAGACGCCGUUCCUGGUGCCUCUGGCGAAGCAGGGUUUUGAUAGCUCCGUGGUGGAUGCCUGCUGGAGCCCGCAUUUUGAGGAGGAGAGCGCGGCUCUGCUGGAAAGCGGCGACCUUUGUUGGUUCAAUCUGGACUCGAAGUGCGGAGGGAAGAUUAGGGUUUCUCUGGGCGGCGGUGCUGAUCCUGGCGAGUGGCUGAGCUGCAAUUUCGGCGGGCAACCUUGGAUUGUGAUUGUCGCUUGUUCCAAAGCUGUUGCUUUGGUUGAUCUAAGGCGCACUGAAGGCUAUGAGCACAAAGUUUUGGCUCGGAUCGAAAUGCCGGGUUUGUUUGAUGUUGCUCCUUCAGUGGAAAAAAAGGGGAGUUUCCUUGCUUUCUGUAAGGCUAAUUUUAAUGAUUUCCAUUUCUCGGUGGUGACCGAACACCAAUUGCUCCUCUUUGAUACACGGCAGCCGUUAGUGCCUGUAUUGACGUGGGAUCACGGCCUCGAGAACCCUAGCUAUAUUGCCAUGUUUAGGCUGUCGGAAUUGAGGCCAUCGGAUGAGUUCAAAUGGGCUUCAGAUUCAGGGUUUGCUAUAUUGGUGGGCUCUUUUUGGAACGGCGAGUUUAAUCUCUUCUGCUAUGGGCCUAAGGAGAAAGGAACUCUGACUGAUACUACCCUAUAUGCUUGGGAGCUCCCCUCAUCUUUUCCUUUGACUGAUCAGGUCUGUGGGGAUGGCAGCAGUCUUAUAAAUGAAUUAUUCUUUCGAGAGAAUUUCUCAACCGAGUAUGACUGGCAAAAAAGGAAAGACAUGGUUGUUGGCUUCUGCGUUGUCCCAUACAACCUUUCCUCGGAGAAAACAGAGUCAUGUGGCUUUGAUUUAAUUCGUGUAACCUCAUGCAGAAAGUUGGAGUUACAAAGAUAUAAUGCUGUAUAUAAUAUAUCUAUCGAGAGGUCCUAUAAUGAAGGAGGAGAUCCACCAGAGCUCCAGGAUUCACUCAUAUGCCCAACAAGUCAGGAAGGUAAAAUAUCCAGUAGAUAUGAUUUCUUGAAUUUACGGUACCUCUAUGGAUAUAUGAACGGCAAUCUUUCCGAUGCAUUAGCCAUGCAUUAUUCCCAACCCAAUCACAAGGAAAACAAGCAAAUCACUUUGGUUCGUGACAUGCAAGAACUUGCAAGCGACACACAAAGAUGCCGUAAUUUAUCACUUUCUACUUUGAUAGGUGAUGCCAGCAUCCCAACUAGCAUAUUUGAAAUGGCAUCGCGGAGAAUAUUGAGUUGUCUUCGGCCAGAUCUUUUGCCUCUGGCCUUCUCAAAAUAUUCAGAACUAUUUGGUGGUUCUGCAGAGUAUUCUUUUGAAUUUCUUGAAGUUCCUAGCUGUUUGCAGCGCGGUGAAGUGCGGCCUUUCCUCGUCGUACAACCUUCACGAAGAGGAGAGAAGUCAUCGAGUAAAGCAUCACCUGGGGAGGGUCUUGUUGGCCCGGUUAUACCCAUUCCUUUUCUUCUUACCCUUCAAGAAAGGAAUAUAGAGGAGAAAAGUUCGUUUGUUCCAAGAGAAGAGCCUGGUGACGACUUGUUAGACCUUCAAUGCAAAAAGAUUCUUAAGCAUGUGUACCCUGAAAUCUCUAUUGCCGACAUUGGAAACUGCAAUGGAUGGUCUGCAUCGGAAGAGCAGCAAAAUGACAAAACAUUUUUUGUUUAUGAACCCAGUAAUAAAUUAAUUUGUAAUAAAACUGGUAGCAUGAUGACAGAGGUGCUAGAUGAUGAGAAAUUACUAAAAGACAACACGAUGCAAGCCAGUUUGGUUCCGCACAGAGAUGAAAAUUUUGCCACGUUUAUAUGUGGAAUUGUAGAUAGGGCGUGUUCUGCAGAUCAUGGGCAUGAUUUAUUUGGAUCGAAAGUGUCUGAUCUGAGCCCAGUGAAAUUAGAUUUUGAUACUCCUAGUGUUACAUUUAAACCAGGUGAUCAGAAAAUCUAUAAGUGCUUGAAGAGACAGUUUUCAAAAUGGCAGGAGAGUUAUAAACCAUAUCAAGAUUUCUGUACUUCGUCCAAAAUACCGAAGAUAGCUCAGUGAUCACUCCAUGCCUUCUUGCAAGCUUAGCUGAGAUCAUACACAAGCUAUGUAAUUGCACGUGACAAGUUGGAGGGAAUGCUAAAUAGGACAGUGAUUUACUUGCGAGGUAUGCUCAUUUUUGGCUCAACAUCCAUUAGUAUUUCGCUUGUAAUCAGUGAGGGGAGGCAAAUGGGGUCGACAAAGGUAUACAUCUUUUGUUUUCAUUGUUCCCUCUGUUCUAUUUCUCCCAUGUGACCUCUUUGCUACCCCCACUGCCUAUCAGCCUCUAGUAGUGGGCCUGACGCUCUCAGCGGACAGAAAGGAUGUUUUCGUCAUGUGAGGAUGACAAAUUGCUGGUCCUAAGAUUUCAUCGCCACUGAGAGGAUCAUCCGAAACUACAGUUUUGGGGUUUGAUCAUCCACAAGUAUUUGAAGUCUUGGGCCCAUAACACUGAUUUUCUACCAUCUUAAUUGGCUCUACCGAAGCUGAUAUGGACUUUUGCCGCUAGGCCACGCCCUUCAUCACCAUCAUGUGCAAAAUUUCAUAUUUUAUAGGGUUUUUCUCCUGGAAUCUACAAAAAUCAAAUUCGGCAUCAAGUACAGUAGCCAAUCAAUUUCAUUCUCUCAAGCCAAUGAGAUAAUGUAAGCGCAUGUUCUUAGUUCAAAUGUCAUCACACUUUCAGCUUAAACAUGUGUACUUGUGAGUCUUUCUUGCUUUGGUAGGCAAAGUCUCUUUCUCUUUUUGGUGUGGUUCUCUGUCUUAUGUGCCUACAGAAGGUAGCAGCAUGCAUGAUUGCUGCUUUAGACUGGGGAUGUGAUAGGAGCAUUCUACUUACUUGUAUAUCUCUAAUUAGUUUAGAGCCAAUGAUAGUGAGAGGAUGUAUAUAAUUUGUUGUUUUGAGUGA